ACACGUCCCUAUCCUCAUUUUCAUAAUCAAGAUUAGCUCUGACUAGGGUUUUAUAUAUGCCCCAGCUGGGUCUAGAGCACAGAACUCUUCACAUUACAAGCGAAUCAAGCGCACGAAAUUUGAAUUUUGUCAGAAAUAGAAUCUCUAUUCUUUUGAGAACUUGUCAGGUGUCUUUCUUCAUUUCCGGAUGGGAGACACAGAGAAUUCUCUUCAACCAUCAAAGAAAAGGGCGGCUCUAAAGGAAAUAUCACGGGACAAUCCUGGUAUUGAUGAUGAUGAAGAUACAGCUGAUCAAGAAACUGGAACUUUCAAGAGAGCAAGCGAGGAGGUGAUGGCAAGUAGAAGAAUUGUCAAAGUUCGUCGCAAUCAAACUACAUCAACCACAACUGCACCUUCAUCUAAUCCUUUUGCCGCGAUUCGUUUGCCUACUGAAUCUGGUGUCACUUCUGCUGUGACCACAAGCAAUGUUGAGAGUGGGAAACCAGAAGAAACAGGUGAUGUUGGUGAGGCAACUGGAAAGGAAGAAGGUGAUGUGAAUAAGGAAGGUAAAAAGGAACCUGAUCAAACUUCUAGGACAUCAGAAGGUAAUGUUGAUGAACCUAACGUUAACAAGGAGAAAGUUGAAAUUCCUAAUGAGCCUGAAAAACCAGAAUCUGCUGAAAAGAAGGUGGCUGAAGAUGAGAAAAUCCAGGAUGAAACCAAGGCAGGCACAGUAGUUGAGAAGAGCGAAAGUGAAAGUAAGAAGGAUGUGGAAGUCGAGAAAACAGAGAAUGAAGAACAAAUUGAUGCGGGUGGUGAAAAAAGUGAGAAGGGUACAGAAACUGCAUCAUUUAGCUCAUUCCAACAGCUUUCAAGUAGCCAAAAUGCUUUCACAGGACUUGCAGGGACUGGGUUCACCAGCACUACGUUCUCCUUUGGAGUUAUUUCAAAAGAGGGAUCUCCUCUAGGCUUUGGUUCUGAAUCAGGUGCUGGUUCUGGUUCUCUCUUUGGAGCAAAAGGUGACCAGCCAUCUUUUGGGGUUACUCUUCCCACUAACGGAAAUAACUCUCUGUUUGGAAACUCAGGGUCAUCCAUUGUGAACAAGGGUGAGGGUACUGGAUUUCCUUCCAAAGAAGAGGUCUCUGUUGAAACAGGGGAGGAGAAUGAAAAGCCCGUAUUCACAGCUGAUUCCGUGCUGUUUGAAUUUCUUGAUGGAGGAUGGAAAGAGCGGGGCAAGGGAGAACUAAAGGUAAAUGUUUCUACAGCAGGAGAGGGAAAAGCUAGACUUGUUAUGAGGACCAAAGGAAAUUACAGGUUGAUCUUGAAUGCAAGCCUUUACCCAGAAAUGAAGCUCACAAAUAUGGACAAAAGAGGGCUUACUUUUGCUUGCCUGAAUAGUGCUGGUGACGGGAAAGAAGGGCUUUCUACAAUUGCUCUGAAGUUCAAGGAUGCAUCCAUUGUUGAGGAGUUUCGAGCUGCUGUUGCGAAACAUAAAGGUACUACAACUGGUUCCUUGAAAACACCUGAAAACUCUCCUAAAGCUUCAGAUGAUUGACUUUGCAGUAUAGAUGCAUAGAGACUAUUUUCAUCACGGAAUGUGCCCUACUAUUUUCUUUUAGUUGCAGAGAAGAAAAGAUAAGAACGAGGGAAUAUUUUGUCUGAGAGAUAAGAAACUUGUAAUCCUUCAUAGCAGAGUUUAUUAUAGCCAUUGUGCCGUUCAUCUGUUGUAGACCUUGACUGAGCAACUUUAAAUACAUUUCCUCUCUUUUUUUCGGGAUG